CGUUGGCAGCACGGGAAGCACGUCGAUCAGUUUCAUUCUUCCUGGUCUGUUCUACUACAAGAUUUCGUCACCAGACUCGCCUCACCACCAACGACUGAUGAAGGAGGACGAUGAUGAAGAGACAGACGCGGAUGGUGAAGCAGUGUCGGGUGGAUGGAAUAGUGGAAGCAUCUUGCGUAAAGCCAGUCUUGCGCUGGCCAUCUAUGGUUUGCUGGUGAUGGUGGUUUGCCUCAUCACCAACACAUUCUUUGUCGUUGCCCACUGAUUUAGACGUGGGUAUUGAUCAAAAGUAAUAUUCUUUCUUAAAUUGAACACUGUUUUGGGACUGUCACAUGCCUCGGUUCGUCAAGUUGUAGCGAUGACGACAGAAAAUCCGGGAAAGCAUGUGGGGUGAUGAUAUAGGUAGCGGCCUGCAUGUUAAGACAGGCGACAAAGGUGCUGUCUUUUCUGCACGACUCCGCAGUAUACCAAGUCCAAGUACCAUUGCCCCGCAGAGUCGCGAGUGCGUCGAAGUCGACGUUAAAAGAAACAACUCUCACCAUGUCCGUCUACAACAGUCAGCUGGUAACACGCUUCAUGAAUGCCGUCGACCGCUUGAACUACUCUGCUGACUAUGGCUUCGAGGACGCCUUUGAGCUCUACCACAAGAUCCAGGAACAUGAUCAACGCCGAGGUCCGACUACCGAUGGGAUUGGUCUACCAGCAUUGGGCCAUGCUCUAGCAGGUUCUGCUGGCACCGCUUUGUCGCAUCUUAUCCUAUACCCGCUCGAUCUCGUCAUCACUCGCCUCCAAGUCCAACAACAACUCAAGUCGCCUGGAGAAGCCACCUCGGCCGCGAAAGAUGCAGAUGAUGCCGAAUACACCAGCUUGCUCGAUGCAGCACAGAAGAUAUACACACACGAAGGAGGACUACAAGCCUUCUGGAACGGUUGUGCGACCGACACGGCCAAGAGUGUCAUUGACAGCUUCCUGUUCUUCCUCGCAUACACUGCCUUUAGACAACGAGAGCAGAAGAAGUUGGGCACAAAGUCCCUGCCUAUCUUCAAUGAGCUGAGCAUUGGCAUCGCCGCUGGGGCUUUGUCCAAGUUCGUUACGACACCAAUCGCCCAGAUUGUGACCAGGAAACAGACUGCCGCUCUCAUCGCCGCAAGAGACAAGACUUCCAGCCUGCCACCAGGCAUGGCCUCCAAACUCAGCAUCAAGGACAUUUUCCUCCAGAUCCGUGAAGAGCGUGGUCUCAAAGGCUUCUGGGCCGGCUACAGUGCCAGUCUGAUUCUUACCCUCAAUCCUGCCUUGACCUUCCUCCUUCAGAACCUACUCAAGAGAACAUUACUCCCUCGCUCUCAACGCGAAAAGCCAGGACCCAAGGCAUUGUUCCUCAUCGCCGCAAUGUCAAAAGCAACAGCAUCAACAGUAACCUACCCGUUCAGUCUAGCGAAAAGCCGUGCUCAAGUCUCUCGUCCAAUGGCAGAGGAAGUGCAGGGCAAACCACCAUCCUACCUCGAGAAACCAGAUCUAUCUUCUGACUCGAAAAUCACGGCCAAGUCCAAGAAAGUCUUACGUUUGGUCUUUUGGCAGCAGAUACAACAACUCGCCAUCAUUCGCUCUUUGCGCAACAUUUACCGUUCCGAAGGCGUUAGAGGCCUGUACAGUGGUCUUGAUGCCGAAGUCGUCAAAGGUUUCUUGGGCCAUGGUCUUAGCAUGGUACUGAAAGAGCGCAUCCACGUUCUCAUCAUCUCAGCUUACUACAUGGUUCUCAAAGCCACCAAGAAAUGGCCUCAGGAUUUUGGAUCUGUGGGUGAGCAGGCGAAGAAUGAAUUUGAAAGGGUCAAGGGAGCUGCGGUUGAUAUGGCGGAGAGCGCUGUCGAGGCUGGCAAGGAAGCUGGCCAUCGCGUCCAGAAUGUGGGAGAGACUGUUGUCGAUGGCGUGAAGCAUGCCGUUGAAUCUGGCACUAUCAGUGUCGGGGAAGGGGUUCAGAACGUCAGUGAGACUGUGGUUGGGGGAGUCAAGAACUCAAUCAAGACGGAUGAGUAGCGAGCACGACUCCUUCGUAUUUCACGAUGUCACGAUCAGCGAAAGGGAAGAAUGGUUCACAGUACUAGCGAGGCUUUUUUGGGGGGGGUUCGGAUUGAUCUUCUCUUCUUGUAAUAACCAAAUGCAUUUGCGAAUUGAAGC